AUGCUGCUUGGGGACCAUGUCCAGGGUACUUCAACAGAAAGCCCUUCACCGUUGGAACAAACGAUUGAACCCUUUCCAUUUUCUACUGAGGUUCCCUCGGAUAGUCUAGCACCGUGGGUACCCAAGACAGCUGAGGAAUGCUUCACACUGCUAGAUAUAUUUUAUUCCAAUGUGGAUCCGAUGACGAGGCUAGUUCAUAAACCUUCCCUUCGAAAACGAUUUCUUCAGUACACCAUGGAGAUAUAUGGGCCCAAUUCCCAAACUUCAACGGACAAUGGUACUACACAAACUCCAUACCCUGCGAUACACACGUUUGAACCCCUUGCUCUGGCAAUAUUCUACUCCUCUAUCAAUAGUUUAUCUUCCGAGGCUGUUCAAGCGCGCUUUGCUACUGAAAAGGGACCGCUCCUUGCUAGGUUUCAGCGAGGUGUGGAAUACGGCCUUGGAAGAGAAGAUUUCCUGACGACUCCUAGAAUUGAAGUUCUACAAGCCUUUGUACUUCUAUUAGGUCUUCAUAGAGAACCUUCGUUAUUUCCUUCAAAUAAUAUGGACGUCGUGCAGGUCGAGAUUCGCCGCAGGCUAUGGCAUCAGAUAUGCUAUCUAGACUUCCGUUCGGCAGAAGGUAGAGGCCAAGAACCUACUAUAGCCGAUGAGGACUACACAACUCUUUUACCACGGAAUAUUAAUGACAAUGACCUUGUCGAAGGCGAACCCUUGGUGGCAGGGACAUACUCACCACCUGGAUUCACAGAUAUGACCGGCCACUUAAUUCGCUUGAAUGGAAUCCACUGCUUUAGGAGAAUUAUUCGCAGCACGUAUCGGUUAGAACGACGGCUUAAGUCUCUAGGUAUUAAUGGGAACAACGAUAUAUAUCCUAUCACAGAACUUCAGUCACUAUUCAUUGAAAUCCGAAAUAUGGUUGAUGAAAUGACUGUCCACUUACAAACACAGUACCUGCAGUAUUGUGACCCAAAUGUUGCAAACCAACGCCUAGCUCUUGGUCUCGCUGCUGUUAUUGAAUGGCGUUGCUGGUCUAUAUUUUGGUUACGGACUCCAAAACAGUAUCGGGAGGCCGUUGUGGAUCCGGAGAUUCGAGAGACUGUUCUUACAAAGUCCAUUAGCUUGGUUGAGAGCAUGAAUAUGAUGCCCGAUGACAAGGACGCAGAGAAAUUCCAGUGGCAUAUCGGGGGACAUGCCUGCUUCCAGGCAAUUAUGCACAUUGUAUCCGAGCUUGGAACUCCGGAAUUCCAAACCCCGACCCAUCAUUCACUCCGGUCCCGUGCACUAGCUGUCCUGAAGAAGACAACUGAUGCAAGGGGGUCGGAGCACAGUUCUACAUGGAACGUUAUUAACCGAAUUAUCUCCAAUUGUUUAGCCAAGAACACUCCCAGUAUUUUACCUUCGACCCCGUCAAAUGAUACCUACUACAUAUAUCAAGAGUCUGUGGAUUUAGCCCAGUCGCUCCAAGAAUCUCGACGUGUAUCAGAGGACUCAACAACACAAGGACUGCAUUUAUCUUCGUUAUUUGGCAUGGGAAGUCUAGGUAUGCAGGAUCCAUCUUUGACUUUUGACUGGGGAUUUUGGAAUGUUGACCCCACUGAUCCUAAUUCAUACUAA